AUGUCUGAAGUCAAGACUGCUGAUGGCGCUUCUAUUGGUGAGAAGUCAACAGUCAGCCAGAACUCGGGCAGAUCAACAACCACCCUCGAAUCUCUCCGGGCCGAGAUUGACUCCGAUGUCGAUUCUGAAGGUCACAACACUGCUUAUGAUCGCAAAUCAAAAGUCAUCAACAAGGCUAUUCAAGAUAUGGGUAUGGGCAAAUACCAAUGGCAGCUUUUCACCCUUUGUGGUUUCGGUUGGAUGGCAGACAACCUCUGGCUUCAAGGUGUCGCUCUGACCCUUGACCCCAUCGCCGCCGAGUUUGGUGUCGACACAAAUGCCGUUCGCUACACUACUCUCGCCCUCUUCGUCGGUCUUUGUAUCGGAGCCAGUUUCUGGGGUAUCAUCUCGGACAUCAUCGGUCGUCGCUAUGCCUUCAACAUGACUCUGUUCAUUGCUGGUACCUUUGGUCUCGCCGCUGGUGGCGCCAACAGCUGGAUCGCUGUAUGCGCUCUCUACUCCUGCAUCGGCCUGGGUGUCGGUGGUAACCUUCCUGUCGACGGUGCCCUCUUCCUCGAGUUCCUGCCUGGCGAGUCGAACUACCUUCUCACACUGCUUUCGAUCUGGUGGCCAGUCGGUCAGCUGAUCUCUUCCCUUCUGGCCUGGGCUUACAUCCCCAACUUCUCCUGUGCUGCCGGCACUGCUGUGUGCACUAAGGCUGACAACUGGGGCUGGCGCUACUUCAUCCUGACUCUUGGCGCCAUCACUUUCUGCAUGUUCAUCCUCAGAUUCUUCCUCUUCAACCUUUUCGAGUCUCCCAAAUUCCUGCUGUCUCGUGGCCGCCAGGCCGAAGCCGUUCACGUUGUCCAAGGAAUUGCUGCCCACAACAAGACCACUACAUGGUUGACCGAAGAGAUUCUUAAUCAGAUUGGUGGCGACCCUGAUGUUACCGAAGACGCCAAGCUCAGCACUGUCGAGAUUGUCAAGCGUGCUGCCGGAAAGUUCUCUACUCAGCGCAUUGCUCCUCUCUUCAGCGGCUGGAAGCUGGGUACCACCACUUGCCUCAUUUGGUUUGCAUGGACUGCCAUCGGCAUGGGCUACCCGCUGUUCAACGCCUUCCUUCCUCAAUACCUUGCAAACAGCGGUGGUGGUGGUUCCAACUCUGUCUCGACCACCUACCGCAACUACGCCAUCACCUCGAUUGUUGGUGUUCCCGGUUCCUUCCUCGGCUGCUACACUGUCAACCUAAAGUACAUUGGUCGCAAGGGAACGAUGGCCAUCGCGACUGCCAUUUCAGGCAUGUUCCUGUUCCUCUUCACCACCAGCACGAACUCUGGUACCCAGCUCGCCUUCUCUUCGCUCGAAGCCUUCUUCCAAAACAUCAUGUACGGUGUCCUUUACGCCUACACGCCUGAGGUGUUUCCAGCUCCCAAUAGAGGCACUGGCACUGGCAUAUCAAGCUUCUUCAACCGUCUCGCCGGUCUCUGCGCACCCAUUGUUGCUGUCAACGCAGCUGGCGCCAACCCCAAUGCUCCUAUCUACGCAUCAGGUGGUUUGUUCUUUGCUGCCUUUGUCGCUCUUGUCCUGCUACCAAUCGAGACGAGAGGAAAGGCUACUUUGUAA